UGCCGACGUGCCCGAAGGUCGAUCCGAGGGGCGGUGGUCAUGGGCAGGUCCCCGCCUCGUACCCCAGGCCGCGAGGCGGGCGGCAGCGAAGGCGGGCUUCCCGCCUGACGAGUCAGGGCGUCCUGUGCGCGACUGCGCCGCUGCCUGCGACGCCCCAGGGAUCCAGGGCAGAUGGCGGACUACAACUACUUGUUCAAGUACAUCAUCGUGGGCGACGCCGGCGUGGGCAAGUCGUGCCUGCUCCUGCAGUUCACGGACAAGCGUUUCCGCGCCGAGCACGACAUGACCAUCGGCGUCGAGUUUGGGCACCGCCUGGCGGAGCUCGAUGGCCAGAAGAUUAAGCUGCAGAUUUGGGACACUGCUGGGCAGGAGGCGUUCCGAUCGAUCACCAGGGCGUACUACAGGGGUGCCACUGGGGCGCUCCUUGUCUACGACAUUUCUAGGCGGGCGUCAUUCGACCACCUGGCCCAGUGGCUGACCGACGCGCGCCAGAACGCGCAGCCAAACAUGGUAAUUAUCCUCAUCGGGAACAAGAGCGACCUGGAGAGACGAGAGGUCACCUACGAGGAGGGCGCUUGGUUCGCCAGGCAGAACGGCUUGUUUUUCCUGGAGACGUCCGCGAAGACAGGCCAGAACGUCGAGGCUGCCUUCCUGGACACGGCUCGGCAGAUCUUCGAGAACCUGCAGGCUGGCAUGUACGACCUGAGCUCGGACUCCCACGGCAUCACUGUCGGGAUGCCGCAGCGGCCGCAGCCCACGCCGAUGCAGCGGACUGCAAGCAACAUGUCGUCCCUCCAGUAUGCCUGCUGCGGCGCGAGCUGACCCCAAGGCAGUCCUUCCUCUGCCCUCCUCUUGCUCGCCGCCGGCGGACGUGGACCCCGCCGACACAGGAGAACUCAGACAUUUGACGCAGCAUCGUUUUGUCCCUGAACAGCUUUCCUGCAAGGCUUUCUCAAAGUGUAUGGACAGUGUUUUUAGUGGCCUACACGGGAGCCCAGGCCCCCGAGACCAGUGGCUCAUCGUUGCCCUCAACCGUGGCCCCCAAUGCUCAGCCCCCGACAUUCGGUUGCUCAUCGUUGCCACCCAACGUAGCCC